AUGGCACACCAGAAUGCAAUCCUAACUGUUGAAAACAAAGAUGUUACAUUCAUCAAACCUUCAAAGCCCACUCCUACCACCAUUCUUUCACUGUCUAGCAUUGACAAUGCUCCCGAUAACGAUUUCUUCAUGCAAAGCCUUCAUGUAUACCGAUGGGAAAAUCACAAUUCCCCUAAUACUCCAAAACUUGGCCCUGCAAAAUUGAUCAAAGUGGCACUCUCGGAGGCUCUCUUUUACUAUUAUCCUCUUGCAGGAAAGUUAGUAAGACACGCUGAUGGAAAAUUCAGAAUCAACUGCAACUCCGAAGGAGUUCCAUUCAUAGAGGCUAUUUGUAACUGCAGCCUCUCAUCUAUUCAUUACCUAGAUUGCAACGACGUCGAAAUCGGAAAACAUUUUGCUAUCGAUUUUCCUUCGGAAGAUGAAUUUGGAAACCAAUACCCUUUGGUUUUCAAGGUGACUAAAUUCCUCUGUGGGGGUUUCACAUUAGUGAUGGGCUUGUCCCACGCUAUUUUAGACGGAACUGGGCAAUCUCAGUUCUUACGCGCAGUUGCUGAACUUGCAAGUGGAAAAGCUGAGCCCUCUGUGAAGCCCGUGUGGGAAAGAGAAAGACUAGUGGGAACAUAUACUAGUCAACCAAUGCAAAAUCCCAUGGACAAUGCUUCUUUUGCAGUUUCACCAUUUCUACCAACCACAGAUUAUUCGCAUGAAUGCUCGAAGGUGGACAGUGAGAGCAUAACAAGACUCAAGACGAGUUUGAUGAAAGAAAGUGACAACAAAGAAAGUAUGAAGAAAAAAGGGUUCACAACUUUUGAAACCCUAGCUGCGUACAUCUGGAGGUCAAGAACCAGAGCCAUGAAACUGAGUUACGAUAGAAAAACAUUGCUGGUAAUGACAGUAGGGUUGAGACCACACUUGCUGAAUCCUUUGCCUGAUGGAUAUUACGGAAACACCAUCAUGGAUGCAUUUGUUACGUUAACAGUGAGGGAGCUGAACGAACUACCACUAUUGGAAGUUGUGAAACUCAUCAGAGAGAGCAAAGAAGUUGCUUUUAGCGAUGACUAUAUCAGACACUCAAUCGACAGUAUGCAUACGAAGCCAAUGGAAUAUUAUUAUGAAAGAGGUGGAAUAACGUUUAUAACGGAUUGGAGACAUUUGGGUUUGUUGGAAAAGGUUGAUUUUGGGUGGAAGGAGCCAGUGAAUACUAUGCCAGUCCCUUCGGACAUGUAUGGAUUAAUAGGUUUGUGCAAUAUCUUUCUUCCAAGUAAUUUGGAUCCUUCAAUGAUUGGAGGAGCUAGGGUUUACGCCUCCCUGCCUAGUGCUGCCAUGCCCAAGUUCAAGGAAGAGAUGAAAGCUCUUACCAGUGUCCAUAAGAGAAAUUCGAAAAUUUAA